AUGGACUCGGAAUUGGGGGGAAUUCAGGGAAAAGAGGGGGUGGAAAAAGGCGAGGCAGGAUUUUGGACCAAACCCCGCCAGGUGCCCCGCGUUCCUCAUUCCCUCACACCGCCGCUGUCCCGCAGUGCCCCGUUCCUGUUCCGUCACUGUCCUACAGUGCCCGCGUUCCUCAUCCCCUCACACCGCCGCGAUCUCACAGUGCCCGCGCUGCCAUUCCCCUCACACACCGCCGCUGUCCCACAGAACCCAGCGCGUGCCCCGCGCUGCCAUUGCCCUCACGCCGCCGCUGUCCCGCAGUGCCCCGCGCUGCCAUUGCCCUCACGCCGCCGCUGUCCCGCAGUGCCCCGCGCUGCCAUUGCCCUCACGCCGCCGCUGUCCCGCAGUGCCCCGCGUUCCUCAUUCCCUCACACCGCCGCUAUCCCGCAGUGCCCCGCGUUCCUCAUCCUGUUCCGCCACUCUCCCACAGUGCCCCACGCUGCCAUUGCCCUCACACCCACAGUGCCCCGUUCCUGUUCCGUCACUGUUCCCACAGUGCCCCGUUCCUGUUCCGUCACUGUUCCCACAGUGCCCCGCGUUCCUCAUCCAGUUCCGGCACAAUCUCACACUGUCCCGCGUUCUUCAUCCAGUUCCGGCGCUAUCCCACAGUGCCCCACGUUGCCAUUGCCCUCACGCCGCCGCCGUCCCGCAGUGCCCGCGUUCCUCAUCCCCUCACACCGCCGCUGUCCCGCAGUGCCCGCGUUCCUCAUCCCCCUCACACCGCCGCUGUCCCGCAGUGCCCGCGUUCCUCAUCCCCUCACACCGCCGCCGUCCCGCAGUGCCCGCGGCCCCGCGCAGCCAUGGCGUACCCGCGGGCAGGGCCAGAAGGUGCAGAAGGUGAUGGUGCAGCCCAUCAACCUGAUCUUCCGCUACCUGCAGAACAGAUCCCGGAUCCAGGUGUGGCUCUACGAGCAGGUGAACAUGAGGAUCGAGGGCUGCAUCAUCGUGAGUGCCCCCCUCGGCUUUGGGGUCACCCCAAAAUCCGCCUCCUCCCGGCCCUAAAGCCGCCCCUGCUUCGGGCGGCUCCUGCCAGAUGCGGCCGUUUGGGGUUUUGGGGUUUUUAUUUGGGAUUUUUUGAUAUUUUUGGGAGGUUUGUUUUUUGUUUUUUUUUUUUUUUUU